GUUCGCUCCUCUUCGACGGCCCUUAAAAGCCAUCCACUAUUAGGGCUCUUUCGAAAGCACCCGUCACCGCAUCUGGCGCCUCGGGAGAAGCGAUCGGCGAAGAGGGGUUCCCAAGCCAUCUAAUCCACUGUUUUCGAUCUGUUGUUGAAGUGAGUCAAGGGGACGAGGAGGAGGUAAAAGAGGAUGGCUGCGGUGGAUCUGACGCAGGGGGCAAUAGCGGCGAUUUCGGAGGGGCGGGCGGAGGAGGGCGCCAGGCCGGUGGUGCAGGUGUGGGACGUGAAGCUGGUCAACACCCAGCAGAGCACCACGGAGCGGUACCGGAUGCUGCUGUCCGACGGAACUCACAUGCAGCAGGCCAUGCUCGCGACGCAGAUGAACGGACUCGUUAAGUCGGGGGCACUGCAGAAGUACUCCAUCGUUCAGCUCAACGAGUUCAUCUGUAACGUCAUCCAGAACCGCAGAAUCAUUAUUGUUAUCAACUUGGAAGUCCUUGUCAGCAGUAGUAAUGGAAUUGGAGAACCAAAAUUGUAUGAUAAUGGUCCUGCUUCACAAAACCGAGCUCCUAUCCCUGCUCAGCCAUCCAGUACAGAUCAACCAGUGAAGGCUGCGGUGAAUCCUCAAACUUAUGGUGGUCCAAAUUCUAGCAAAUCUAACAGCGGACAAAAUGUUGCAGGAGUUUCUCUUAAUCCCAAGUCAGAGUCUAUGACAAACAACUCAUCUUUUGGUGGUUCUUAUGGUAGUGGUCCCAUGUCGAGCAGGAACAUGAAUAGUCCGAAUAUUGAACAGCCAAAAGCUGAACAAGGUAUCGGGAGGUUUUAUGAAUCACAUCCAAACAGUGGUAAUCAAAACCAGAGGUUCUCAAAUCCAGCUUCUGUUGGAGCAUUUGGACCUCCUGCUAGUUCCUAUGGGCGUCCAGUUCAGCCUGCUUAUCAGCAACCCCCACCGCUGUACACAAAUAGAGGGCCUAUAGCCAAGAAUGAAGCUCCUGCUCGCAUUAUUCCUAUUUCUGCUUUGAAUCCUUACCAGGGCAGAUGGACAAUUAAGGCAAGAGUGACAACCAAGAGUGAACUUCGGCGCUACAAUAAUCCUAGGGGGGAAGGGAAAGUCUUCUCUUUUGAUCUCCUGGAUUCAGAUGGUGGAGAAAUACGUGUUACUUGCUUUAACGUGGUAGCCGACCAGUUCUAUGAUCAGAUUGAAGUGGGGAAAGUGUACUUGAUCUCCAAAGGAAGCUUGAAGCCUGCACAGAAGAGCUUUAAUCAUCUGAACAAUGAAUAUGAAAUAUUUUUAGAGGCUCAAUCAGUGAUCCAACCAUGUUUAGAGGAAGAUAACACCAUCCCAAAGCAACAGUUCAACUUUCGGCCGAUAAAUGAAAUUGAAGGCUUGGAAAACAAUACCAUGGUUGAUGUUAUUGGCAUUGUGGUGUCAAUAAAUCCCUCGCUUUCGAUAAUGAGAAAAAAUGGCACAGAAACCAAUAAACAAACUCUCCAAUUAAAGGAUAUGUCAGGUCGUAUUGUGGAAAUGACUAUGUGGGGUAAGUUCUGCAGCGUAGAGGGUCAGCAACUUCAACAUAUGUGUGACUCUGGUGUAUGUCCUGUACUGGCCAUUAAAACUGGGAGAGUCAGUGAUUUUAAUGGGAAGUCAGUAACUACUAUUGGCUCAAGCCAACUAUUUAUAAAUCCUGAUUUUCCCGAGGCUCACAGAUUGAGAGACUGGUAUAAUAGAGAAGGGAAGAGUAUGACUGCUGCUUCAAUAUCCAGGGAGACAACAACCACGGGUAGGAAUGAUGUUAGGAAGACAGUCGCACAGAUUAAGGAUGAGGGUUUAGGACGAUCCGAGAAACCUGAUUGGAUAACCGUAAAGGCAACCAUCACGUUCAUGAAGGUUGACAAUUUCUGCUAUACAGCUUGUCCAUUGAUGGUAGGGGAUAGGCCAUGCAAUAAGAAGGUUAACAACAAUGGUGAUGGCACUUGGCAUUGUGAUCGUUGUGAUCAGAGUUUUCCCGAGUGUGAUUAUAGGUAUCUGCUCCAGUUUCAGAUCCAGGAUCAUACAGGUAUGACCUGGGUUACAGCAUUCCAAGAAUGUGGCGAGGAGAUAUUGGGUGUCACUGCAAAGGAGCUGUAUUUGUUGAAAUAUGAAGAACAAGAUGAUUUGAAGUUUGCAGAAAUUAUUCGGACGGUGCUCUUCCAUCAAUAUUUAUUCAAGUUGAAAGUUAAGGAGGAGACAUUUAGUGAUGAACAGCGUGUGAAAUCAACUGUUGUCAAAGCUGAGAAAAUAAACCCAUCGUCUGAGAGCAAGUAUCUUCUGGGUCUGAUUGAGAAGCUUUCGAGUGAAGAUCCCAAUGCUUCUAAAGGAACGUAUGGAACUUCUGCCUCAACUUCUGGAAUGGCUAAUAUUACCUAUGGUACUGGUGAAUCUAACUUUGGCAGUAAUAGCAACAACUUUGGCAAUAUCCAUUCUGGAAGGAACAACUUUGGCAAUAAUAGCAGUUCCGACGGAUACAGAAUGGGAGCAACAAAUCAGUUUGUGCAGCAUGCAAAUGACUAUGGUGGCAACAUGAAACAUAGUUUUUCUAGAAAUGAGGUUCAAGCAUUCUGCAACAAUUGUGGCUCCAAUGGUCACAGUUUCCAGAAUUGUCCGAGAGGCGUAAAUAGGCAGGGCCAGUCCGCAGGUGGUGGAUUCUCAAGUAUUGGUUCCAACAUUUGUUUCAAAUGCCAACAGCCUGGGCACUGGGCUAGUGAAUGCCCUGGGAUGGGUGCUGCCGGAUCAGCAUAUGGGGAUGGUGGUUCAUCAGGAAGAUACACCAACACCAGGCAACAUGUCGGUGGUUUCUAAAUUGUUGGUACUCUUAAAAAAAACUUGUUCAUGAUCAGAAGAGUAGACUGGUUGAGUUAUCAGUGUAUGUUGGCACUUGCAUGGUGUUUUGUUGUACAGUCAAAUUCCACUGAUGGAUAAAAUGCUUUUCAAGGCGUUCUGUUGAUGCUUAAUUGCCAAAUGUAUUGUGGAUAGCUAUUUCUUGAAUCAAUUUCAAUCCAUUAGGUGCUUUCUUCUGCA